CGCGUCGGCGAGCUCUUGCCAGUUGUACGCUCGCCUAGUUCGACUCAUAUGGAGAGAUCAAAGUCGGCACGGCCAGCACCACACUCACAGCCGCAACAAUCGUCCGGGCAGCGACGUAUUCCCAGAUCCAGAUCGGCAGGAUCUGUCUCCGGUCGUCGUUCGGUUCCUGAUUUCUACACAUCUGGCUUUGCUGGCCCGACUGCAUCUCUCGUCGCACAUAUGAGGAUGUUCUCACUCAGAGCCGAAGCUAUGCGGCUCAAAAGUUCGGAUGAUCGAGCAACAAUAAAGGAACACAAUCGGCGUCUUCACACGCCAAGAAACAAUCCGCAGCCUGCAGACGCGUUUGUUCAUUGGAAGAGACCGCGUUUUACUAAUGAGAACUCGGUGAACGACAAAAUGAUGUCAUCAGACACUCGGCGUUCGUUUCAAGAUGAAUACAGAGGCAGUGCCAGCCCUGUGGACAAAACAAAUCAUCAAAUUACAGUUUCUCUGUCUCAGCCCGAGUUAGUUACCAAUGUGGCAAAAAUCAAGCUUCCAGCAGAAGCAUAUGCACCAACAGCCAUUCGUGAAAUGCCUAGGCUGUCUUGGCAAGCUAAUGAAGAUGAUGCAUACCACCAGGCAUAUGAUGGUAAUGAUUAUUACCUAAUGGACACGGAUUACCUCAUGGACAAGGAGAAAGGUUGGCUCAGCUCGGAGUUUGGAGCUUCAGAUGAGUUUCUAGAUGCUAUAGAUCAAGAGCAAUCAACAGGUGCUAAAAUUCCAUCCCAAAAGGCAGUAACAUUCAAAGGUUUGAAUCCUUCUACCACUACAGCAGUACAAGGCUGGUUAGAGCAAGCAGAUGAAAAAGAGCGAGACAUAGCUUUAGGGUUUCUAAACGCAUUAGCUGAAGACACCAAGAAAAAAUCAAAACCAUCUACUGCAAGAGCAAUAGCAAGUAUUCCAGUACCACAAGUAAAAGCAAAACAACCCAACUUUAGUCUUCGAGGAAAGGCUGUAAAGCAAAAGAGUAUAACACCAUCAUUGGGGAACAAAGAUACACCAAUUCUGCAUUCAAGACAAUAUAUACCAGAACUUCGUAGAAAAGAAUUGAAAAGUUUGAUGAGCUCAAUAGAAAAAGAAAUAGAUGUCAAAAGACAUGUUGAACGAUUCGUGGACUGUCGCCCAUCACAAAUUAGAUUCAAACCACGACAUCAAAGGUCAGUAACUGAUCCUAGCGUCAAUCCACGAUCAUUCUUUUCCCAUACCAACCCAGUCAACAGAGGCUAUUUUAUCAUAGCACCAGAUUGGACAUCGGAAAGACUGGUUACAUAGAAUGAAUGCAAUACUAUUCUAUUUAGUUAUCUAUCUAUACUGAGGCAUAUUAACUUAGUUUUGUAGUCAGAUGGUAAAAGACAAGAACUUGAUUUGUCUGA